AGAUCAUCUUUCCGAUAAUAUCUCCACAAAAUCCAUUUCAAUUUCUGCCCAAAUUAGAUCAUCCUCUAAUCUACAUUCUUUGUCAAUUGUGAAGCUGGUCUGGUGAGUUCAUCGCAAAGCAAAACCCUCCUUCAAUCACCUCUCACUUCUGCCCUUUUCAUCCUACCAACGAUUUCUCUUCUUUCAUCUCUUCUUCUUUGACCAAUGUUGCUGUUAACUUAUGGGUUUUCAUCUAUUUUGUUCAAACGCCAACGCUGAUCCUUCGAUCUGUUGAAAAUUUAUAAAACAUGUAACGGUCCACAGAACUAUCGUGAAGCGGCUACACGAUAUGGCGUGAACUGGUCUGCAAAGCAUUGGAUGGAAGCCGUAAGAUUGACCAUGGCCGAUCAGGAAUCUGUGUUCCAUUAUCAGCUCGAAGAGUUGCACCGAAUAUACAGAAAACAAGUAGAACUAAUGGAAGAACUCAAAGGAACAGCAAUAGGGCGAACCCAAGAACAGUUGGAGUCCAUAAGAAAAAGGGUCAAGAAACUGAAGCUGGAGCUCGAAAAUGAAAUGGUGAACUUCAAUGAGCUCAUUGAAGUUGAGAUUCAGGUUGGCAAAGAUAUGGAUGCACCCGCGACUCCAGAAAUCACAAACUCCACCAUGGCUCAAGGAAAACAGGUUCUACAGGAGGAAGAACAAGCCAUGUCAGCAGCGGUGGCGCUGAUCACCAUGUCAUCAUCAUCAUCACUGGUUAGAGAUUCCAGUGACCACUUACUUUGGUUCGCCAAGAUAGUCACUUCUGUCAGAUGCGAUGCUGAUCUCACAUCUGUUUUGAAACAGAUACCAGGUCAGCAUCGCAAAUGCCGGACAACAAAGAAGAAAAAGAGUACGAAGGCGAAGGCGUGCUUACCAAGUUGGGGAAGGAUCAAGAAAGGUCGAAGAAGCAAAAGAGUUCCGGCCGAAGAUCCUGCUUUUACUUUCGAAAGAGGAGCAUUAUUGUCUAGAUGGAGGUAA